AUGGAAUUCAAAACUAAUCUGUCCAAAUUACUUAGAUCAAAAGCUGUCGUAAAGUUCCCUAAGGAAAAUAAAGCUGAUGAAGACUGCUUCAUAGCUAAAAUACUUCCAAUGAAUGUGGUUGGGUAUGGAGUGAUGGAUGAUCUCAAUACAGUUAUAGAUAAAAUGGGAGAUGCUAGUUCUUUUGCUCAAGGUAUUCAUAUCCCAAUAACAACCUCUUCAAAUUUCAAAUCAAGUGAAUAUGUCUUGUACCUUAAAGUUCAAGGACAUACAUGAUACGGACUGAUAAAAACUGGCUAUAAAAAUCUCUUUGUCAGAGAAUAUUCAACAUCAUCAAUGAUAAACAUCAGGCCUCUCUGAAUCCUAGAUUUCUAUGUUAACGAAAAAUGACAAAGAUCAGGUCACGGAAGAGACUUGUUCGAAUGUGUGUUAAAAACCGAGAAGAUAGAACCAAAGAUGCUUGCUUAUGAUCGUCCUUCUUUUAAAUAUUUAUCAUUUUUGAAGAAAUACUAUGGUCUGGAGGAUUACUUCCCUCAGAGCAAUAAUUUUGUUGUCUUCAAGGAAUAUUUUGAUGCUCUUUCAGAACAAAACGAAAUUAAGAAGAAAGAAAAAGAAGUGUAUAAUGUUGAAAGGAGUAAAUAUUUCAACCCAUACGAUACUCAUGGGUAUAUUGGCCAGGCUCAGAGAAAGGGAGCAGGCGUCUUUUCUGCACUUGGCUCUCAGAUAAUGACCAGGACUGAUUCAGUUCAUACAAAUAGAAAUCAUACAUCUCCUUAUGAAAAAUUUCAAGGGACAACUAGAAGAACUCCAGGAUAUUCACAGAAUAAUUUUCAUAAGGCUCCUUCUCUGAUAGAUAACUCUAAAAACACUUUCACUAGAAAGGGAACUGUGAACAUGGAAGAAGCCAAGAUUCCCAUUCCUAGAAGAGAUGAAAGGUUAGGCAAAAAGUUUACUGAAUCAAAAUAAAGAACAAGAGGCUUCUAGAUCAAUGGUUGGGAUGAUAAGACAGACAGGAGUUGUCCCUCAGAAAUCAAAGCAUUUAAUGAAAUUCUCUGUAGCAGAUAGGAAUAAUAAACUUCUAAAAAGAGAUGUCCAAAAUUCUGACCAUCUGGAUAUGUAUACAAGUACUGUGAACAGAACAAAUGCAAGAGUAAAUAUUGAUAUGCAAAGUCAUCGUGUGGUUGGCAAGCCAGUUCAAGGCUUAUCAAUUCCUUUCAUGUGGCAUUAGAGAUAGAACCCUUUCAUAUAUUAUUUCAAUUUUUA